AUGUCCAAACAAAGAAUACCUGUGGAAAACUUUGCGCUUUGCGGUUGCCUCUGGAAAGACUUCCCUGGUACAGAUAUUGUUGGAGGCUGUGGCAUCACCAAGUGCUACCAACCAGAAUUUACAAACCGCGCGGCUUUGGGCGGACACGGGGAUAUUGCCCGCAUGUUACUUAUGCACCAAGCACUAUAUGAUGUAAGGGAUGAAACCGGUGAAACACCCCUUGCUCUCGCAACUGCUGGCGGGCACAGCGACAUACUCGAGCUCUUGAUCGAGGAGGGCGCAUCUGUGGAGACGGAGGACGGGUCAGGAGAUGCCCCAGUUGACACAACUGGGAGUCAGGAAAACUGA